AUGUUUAGACUUGGUCAGUAUUUACUCAUUUUGUCAGUAAUUUCUAUAUUGCUCAAAUCAUGUGAUGCGAGUUUCUUAAAAUCGAUGUGGGAAAAAAUUGUAGAACGAGUAAAAAGUGGAGUGUUCUACUUUGACUUAUAUUUAUUGUUAUAUAACUGGUUAAGAAGUUGCAUUCUAGAUACGGAAAAUCUUCGUGAAGUAUUCUAUCCAAGUGAAUAUGAUGAUGCAUAA